AUGGUAAAGAAUGAUGAAAAUCUUUUUAGAUAUUGUUUAGUUUGUGCAAUCUCUGCAAAUAUAACAACAAGAAAUGCUGUAUUUUUAGAUUUGGCUUAUCGUAUAAGAUCUGUACAAUUUAAUGAAUGUCACCUAAACGUACCAUUUAAAGAACGUUUUUUUACACAUUUGGACGACUGUCCACGAUGGUGCUUGCAAUUUCCCAAAUGUCAGACUGUAUACGCAUACUCUGUUUCCUCAUCUUAUCGCUGCGCAAUCAGUAAUGAAAAUUUUUUUCCAACCGCAUAUGGUUGUAUGCCUUUUUUUGACUAUUAUCACUGGAAAAAAUAUUCGGUAAGAGUAUUGCGUACAACUAAAGAAACGCCUCCUACCACAAAGGAGAAAACAACAAAAGAAAUAACCACGACAGAAAGACCAACAACAGAAAGACCAACAACAGAAAGACCAACAACAGAAAGACCAACAACCGAAAUGACCACGACAGAAAUGACAACAACAGAAAUGGUGACGACAGAACCUUUGACAACAGAAGUAUCAACAACAGAAUUGAUAACCACAAAGAUGACAACAAAUUUGGUUUAUGGUAUAAGAGCUGUAAAAUUGAAUGGAUGUUACAUUAACAGACCAGAUAAAAAACGUUAUGUUAGACAUUUUGACGAUUGUCCACGAUGGUGCUUGCAAAUUCCCAAAUGUCUGACUGUAUACCAAUACUUUACACUCUCAUCUUAUCGGUGCGUAAUCAGUUACGGAAAUUUGAAAUAUUCCGCAAGUGGUUGUCUCGUUGGUUAUCACUAUGAUUACUGGAAAAAAUAUUCGGUAAAAAAAUUGCGUACAACUAAAGAAACGCCCCCUACCACUAAUGAAAAAACAACAAAAGAAAUAACCACGACAGAAAGACCAACAACAGAAAGACCAACAACCGAAAUGACCACGACAGAAAUGACAACAACUGAAAUGGUGACGACAGAACCUUUGACAACAGAAGUAUCAACAACAGAAUUGAUAACCACAAAGAUGACAACAACUUCUAUUCCAUGGAAGUUUGCCGAGCAUCAUGGUAAAUGUUUAAGAGCACCACACUAUAAACGCUACAAGACAAAGCAUAGUUCAAAGUGUAAAAAGGCGUGCAAAAAGGAACGCAGAUAUUUGGUUUAUCGUAUAAGAUCUGUACAAGUGAAUGGAUGUUACAAUGUCAGACUAGAAAAACAACGGUAUUUAAAGGAUUUAAACGAUUGUCCACGAUGGUGCUUGCAAAUUCCCAGAUGUCUGACUGUAUUGGCAUAUUUUGAUUACAAUAUGUAUCAUUGCGUAAUCAGUUAUGGAAAUUUUUUACCGACAUAUGGUUGUCCUCCUGGGGUAUUUUACUGGAAAAAAUAUUCGGAAAAAGUAUUACGCACAACUUUGCCGAGUGCACCUCGUAAUUUACGUGUGUCUUCGUACACUAAAAAUCUCAUCAAAGCCACAUGGUCGUCACCUAACGGAUCUCUGUUUGUUGGUGUCAUAAGCAACUACUCGGUUUGCAUACGACGAGUGUCUUUGUCAACCUGCAUAUCUCCAAUAAUAGUUCCAAAAACACAAACAUCAUAUACAUUUACUGGUUUAAAACCUUACGUGCAAUACACCAUUGAAAUAUCUGCUGCUACUAAAGUUGGCUAUGGUCCUCAAGCCAACAUUACUCAAAGAACGAGAGAAUCAGUUCCUGAUGGUCCUCCUACGAAGUUUCAAAUAUCUCGAGUGGAUGCAACAAAUAUCACUGCUUCCUGGCUUCCUCCAGAUCCAACAUUACGCAAUGGAAGAAUCAUCAAUUACAAACUCUGCAUUAAGAUUGGCAGUACUUCUCAAGGACCAUGUUUACUUCAAAUUACUACAGGCAAUAUCACAGUGUACACUUUUUUGAACUUAAAACCUUACACCAAAUAUCAUCUCAGAAUUUCAGCUGUAACAAAGAUUGGAUAUGGUCCAGCAGCAGUUUUAACAACUAGGACAUUAGAGGCAGAGCCUUCGAGUGCACCUCGCAAGGUAAAUGUCGUUUCAUACACUAAAAAUCUUAUCAAGACAACAUGGUCGUCACCUGACCGCUCCCUGCUCAAUGGUAUUUUAACCAAAUACUCAGUGUGUAUUCGACGACAGUCUUUGACAUCAUGCACAACUAAAGUAACUGUUCCAUUCAAACAAACAUCAUAUACAUUUACUGGUUUAAAACCUUAUGUGCAAUACACCAUUGAAAUAUCUGCUGCUACUAAGGCUGGCUAUGGUCCUGGAGCCAAGAUUACUCAAAGAACAAGAGAAUCAGUUCCUAAUGGUCCACCUACGAAGUUUCAAAUAUCUCAAGUGGAUGUAACGAAUAUUACUGCUUCCUGGCUUCCUCCAGAUCUUGCAUUACGCAAUGGAAGAAUCAUCAACUACAAACUCUGCAUUAAGAUUGGCAGUACUUCUCAAGGACCAUGUUUACUUCAAAUUACUACAGGCAAUAUCACAACUUACAUUUUUGUGAACUUAAAACCUUACACCAAGUAUCAUCUUAGAAUUUCAGCAGCAACAAAGAUUGGAUAUGGACCAGCAGCAGUUUUAACAACUAGGACAUUAGAGGCAGAACCAUCGGGUGCACCUCGCAAUUUAAAUGUCGUUUCAUACACCAAAAAUCUUAUCAAAACAACAUGGUCGUCACCUGACAGCUCCCUGCACAAUGGUAUUUUAACCAAAUAUUCCGUGUGUAUUCGACAACAGUCUAUGACAUCAUGCACACCUAAAGUAAUUGUUCCAUUCACGAAAACAUCAUAUACAUUUACUGGUUUAAAACCUUACGUGCAAUAUACCAUUGAAAUAUCUGCUGCUACUAAAGUUGGCUAUGGUCCUGGAGCCAACAUUACUCAAAGAACGAGAGAAUCAGUUCCUAAUGGUCCACCUACGAAGUUUCAAAUAUAUCAAGUGGAUGUAACAAAUAUCACUGCUUCCUGGCUUCCUCCUGAUCCUGCAUUACGCAAUGGAAGAAUCAUCAACUACAAACUCUGCAUUAAGAUUGGCAGUACUUCUCAAGGACCAUGUUUACUUCAAAUUACUACAGGCAAUAUCACAGUGUACACUUUUUCAAACUUAAAACCUUACACCAAGUAUAAUGUUGGAAUUUCAGCAGCAACAAAGAUUGGAUAUGGUCCAGCAGCAGUUUUAACAACUAGGACAUUGGAGGCAGAACCAUCGGGUGCACCUCGCAAUUUAAAUGUCGUUUCAUACACCAAAAAUCUUAUCAAAACAACAUGGUCGUCACCUGACAGCUCCCUGCUCAAUGGUAUUUUAACCAAAUAUUCAGUGUGUAUUCGACAACAGUCUAUGACAUCAUGCACACCUAAAGUAAUUGUUCCAUUCACGAAAACAUCAUAUACAUUUACUGGUUUAAAACCUUACGUGCAAUAUACCAUUGAAAUAUCUGCUGCAACUAAAGUUGGCUAUGGUCCUCGAGCCAACAUUACUCAAAGAACGAGAGAAUCAGUUCCUGAUGGUCUACCUAUGAAGUUUCAAAUAUCUCGAGUGGAUGCAACAAAUAUCACUGCUUCCUGGCUUCCUCCAGAUCCAACAUUACGCAAUGGAAGAAUCAUCAAUUACAAACUCUGCAUUAAGAUUGGCAGUACUUCUCAAGGACCAUGUUUACUUCAAAUUACUACAGGCAAUAUCACAGUGUACACUUUUUCAAACUUAAAACCUUACACCAAGUACCAUCUUAGAAUUUCAGCAGCAACAAAGAUUGGAUAUGGUCCAGCAGCAUUUUUAACAACUAGGACAUUAGAGGCAGAACCAUCGGGUGCACCUCGCAAUCUAAAUGUCGUUUCGUACACUAAAAAUUUUAUCAAGACAACAUGGUCGUCACCUGACAGCACCCUGCUCAAUGGUAUUUUAACCAAAUACUCACUGUGUAUUCGACGACAGUCUUUGAAAUCAUGCACACCUAAAGUAAUUGUUCCAUUCACGAAAACAUCAUAUACAUUUACUGGUUUAAAACCUUACGUGCAAUAUACCAUUGAAAUAUCUGCUGCUACUAAAGUUGGCUAUGGUCCUGGAGCCAAGAUUACUCAAAGAACAAGAGAAUCAGUUCCUAAUGGUCCACCCACGAAGUUUCAAAUAUCUCAAGUGGAUGUAACAAAUAUCACUGGUUCCUGGCUUCCUCCAGAUCCUGCAUUACGCAAUGGAAGAAUCAUCAACUACAAACUCUGCAUUAAGAUUGGCAGUACUUCUCAAGGACCAUGUUUACUUCAAAUCACGACAGGCAAUAUUACAGAUUACACUUUUUCAAACUUAAAACCUUACACCAAAUACCAUCUUAGAAUUACAUCAGCAACAAAGAUUGGAUAUGGUCCAGCAGCAGUUUUAACAACUAGGACAUUAGAGGCAGAACCAUCGGGUGCACCUCGCAAUCUAAAUGUCGUUUCGUACACGAAAAAUUUUAUAAAAGCAACAUGGUCGUCACCUGACAGCUCCCUGCUCAAUGGUAUUUUAACCAAAUACUCAGUGUGUAUUCGACGACAGUCUUUGAAAUCAUGCACACCUAAAGUAAUUGUUCCAUUCACGAAAACAUCAUAUACAUUUACUGGUUUAAAACCUUACGUGCAAUAUACCAUUGAAAUAUCUGCUGGUACUAAAGCUGGCUAUGGUCCUCGAGCCAACAUUACUCAAAGAACGAAAGAAUCAGUUCCUAAAGGUCCACCCACGAAGUUUCAAAUAUCUCGAGUGUAUGCAACAAAUAUCACUGGUUCCUGGCUUCCUCCAGAUCCUGCAUUACGCAAUGGAAGAAUCAUUAAUUACAAACUCUGCAUUAAGAUUGGCAGUACUUCUCAAGGACCAUGUUUACUUCAAAUCACGACAGGCAAUAUCGCAGAUUACACUUUUUCAAACUUAAAACCUUACACCAAAUACCAUCUUAGAAUUACAUCAGCAACAAAGAUUGGAUAUGGCCCAGCAGCAGUUUUAACAACUAGGACAUUAGAGGCAGAACCAUUGGGUGCACCUCGCAAUUUAAAUGUCGUUUCGUACACCAAAAAUUUUAUAAAAGCAACAUGGUUGUCACCUGACCGCUCCCUGCUCAAUGGUAUUUUAACCAAAUACUCAGUGUGUAUUCGAGGACAGUCUAUGACAACAUGCACACCUAAAGUAACUGUUCCAUUCUCACAAACAUCAUAUACAUUUACUGGUUUAAAACCCUACGUGCAAUAUAUCAUUGAAAUAUCCGCUGCGACGAAAGCUGGCUAUGGUCCUCAAGCCAGGAUUACUCAAAGAACGAGAGAAUCAGUACCCAGUGGGCCUCCGCGACUUAUAAUAGUGAAAAAUGUUACUGCCAGAAGCUUGAAAUUAGCCUGGUCACCACCUGAAGAGCAUCGUCGAAAUGGAAUCAUUACCAAGUAUGGUGUGUGCUAUAUAGAGACAAACUCUGGCCAAAUUUGUAGCAUCGUGAAUUAUAUUACUGAUGGAAAAUCAUCAAGCAAAAUCAUCAAAGGGUUGAAACCAUAUACAGAAUACUUAUUAGCAGUUAUGGCGAGUACAAAUUUAGGCUGGGGACCGAAAGCAGUUAUCUCACAAAAAACUCUUUCUUCUCCUCCUUCUGGAUCACCACGUGCUCUUUAUGCUAUGAGAAUUGGUCCACAUAUUCUACAAAUAUUCUGGCAACCUCCAAAUGUUACAAUGCAAAAUGGUCAUAUCACCGGUUAUAGACUUUGUGUACAUGAAAAAUAUUUGAAUGCGCCGUGUCGCAUUUAUAUUACCGUGCCUAAAACUCAAUUGUUUCAUACUGAAGACAAUUUGAAGCCUUAUACAUUGUAUAAUAUUCACGUCGAAGCAAGAAAUGCUCUAGGUUAUGGUCCUGCUAAUCACAUUGAUUUUCGCACCGGAGAAGCAGCACCAUCUGCUCCACCUAAAAAUGCAGUCUUACGAACUUUAAGUUCAAGAUCAAUUGAAAUAAAUUGGACAGCUCCCGAUGUUAAAGAUCAAAAUGGCAUUCUUGUGCUUUAUGAAGUUAUUGCUUACGAGGAAAUGUUUCAUUCCAAAGUUAAGAGGAUUACAAACUCUUCCUUGUCUCCAAAUAUCACUGUAUGGAAGAACAAUAGCUUGAAUCCAAACAUCAAUUACAUAUUUCAUAUUAAAGCUGGAACGAUUGCAGGAGUUGGACCGCCUGCUGUUCUUCACAAACACGGCAAUGAAGAGAACAAAAUACCAGAUAUAACGGGGGAAAGUGUUAUAAUGUUCUCUGGGAUAGUAGGAGUGUCUAUCUUUGUAGUGGUACUGAUCGUCAUUGUCAUUAUUUGUGUUUCAUGGAAGAAAAGACUGCUACCUUAUGAUAGAUACACCGAUGUUGCUGUUUUGAAAAUUCAUGAUGCAGACUCUGCGUACGAUAAUGUUUUAUCAGGAGAGAGAGCUCAAAACCUGUAUGACGCAGCAUUUGUAACAACUAAGUAUGACAUGGGCAAUAUUGCUGCAGAAAACCUGUAUGGAACAGAAAACAAGACAACUGAAAACGUAUAUGACAACAGUUUAGCAGCUUUUACUGCAGCCAUUGGUGCCUCUAGUCAAGAUAUUUAUAGAAAGCCAGAUAAUGCACUGGAAAUUGACAUGUAUGAUUCAGAAGUGGAAAUUUAUGAACUUGCACAAGAUGCUAUGUCCCUGAAGCCAAGCACACUCAGCAUUUCUUCAGCAAAUAUAUCAUUGAAUGAACAAAGUACUAUAGCAACUGUUGUUCCAGCCAUUGAAGCUUCUAGUCAAGAUAAUUAUAAAAUGUCGGAUAAUGCUACAGCAAUAGACAUAUAUGAUUCAAAGAUGGAAAUUCAUGGACUUGCACAAGAUUCUAUGUCCCUGAAGCCAAGCACACUCAACAACUCUUCGGCAAAUAUAUCAAUAACUGAACCAAGUACCAUAGCAACUGUUGUUCCAGCCAUUAAAGUAUCAGAUAAUGCCACAGAAAUAAACAUAUAUGAUUCAAAGAUGGAAAUUCAUGGACUUGGACAAGAUUCUAUCAAACAUUCCCACACCAAAAAUAGUCAUCGAAAGCACCGGAAGACAAGGAAACUAAAGAAUUCUUUAACAACCAAAUCAUUACCUAAACAAACUAGUUUAGCAGUUGUUGUUCCAGGCAUUGGUGCCUCUAGUCAAGAUAUUUAUACAAUGUCAGAUAAUGCUACAGCAGUUGACAUAUAUGAUUCAAACAUGGAAAUUUAUGAACUUGCUGAAGAUUCUAUCAAACAUUCCCACACCAAAAAUAGUCAUCGAAAGCACCGGAAGUCAAGGAAACUGAAGAAUUCUUUAACAACCAAAUCUUUACCUAAACCAACUAGUUUAGCAGCUGUUAUUCCUGCUAUUGGUGCUUGUAGUGAAGAUAUUUAUAGAAUGUCAGAUAAUUCUACAGCAGUAGACAUAUAUGAUUCAAACAUGGAAAUUUAUGAACUUGCAGAAGAUUCUAUCAAACAUUCUCACACCAAAAAUAGUCAUCGAAAGCACCGGAAGUCAAGGAAACUGAAGAAUUCUUUAACAACCAAAUCUUUACCUAAACCAACUAGUUUAGCAGCUGUUAUUCCUGCUAUUGGUGCUUGUAGUGAAGAUAUUUAUAGAAUGUCAGAUAAUUCUACAGCAGUAGACAUGUAUGAUUCAAACAUGGAAAUUUAUGAACUUGCAGAAGAUUCUAUCAAACAUUCUCACACCAAAAAUAGUCAUCAAAAGCACCGGAAGCCAAGGAAACUAAAGAAUUCUUUAACAACCAAAUCAUUACCUAAACCAACUAGUUUAGCAGCUGUUAUUCCAGCUAUUGGUGCCUCUCGUCAAGAUGUUUAUAGAAUGUCAGAUGAUGCUACAGCAGUAGACAUAUAUGAUUCAAACAUGGAAAUUUAUGAACUUGCAGAAGAUUCUAUCAAACAUUCUCACACCAAAAAUAGUCAUCGAAAGCACCGGAAGCCAAAGAAACUAAAGAAUUCUUUAACAACCAAAUCUUUACCUAAACCAACUGGCUUAGCAGCUGUUGUUCCAGCCAUUGGUGCUUCUAGUCAAGAUGUCUAUAGAAUGUCAGAUAAUGCUACAGCAGUUGACAUAUAUGAUUCAAACAUGGAAAUUUAUGAACUUGCAGAAGAUUCUAUUAAACAUUCUCACACCAAAAAUAGUGAUCGAAAGCACCAGAAGCCAAGGAAACUAAAGAAUUCUUUAACAAACAAAUCAUUACCUAGACCAACUAGUUUAGCAGCUGUUAUUCCAGCUAUUGGUGCCUCUAGUCAAGAUAUUUAUAGAAUUUCAGAUAAUGCUACAGCAGUAGACAUAUAUGAUUCAAAGAUGGAAGUUCAUGGACUUGCACAAGAUUCUAACAAACAUUCCCACACCAAAAAUAGUCAUCGAAAGCACCGGAAGCCAAGGAAACUAAAGAAUUCUGUAACAACCAAAUCUUUACCUAAAGAAACUAGUUUAGCAGCUGUUAUUCCUGCUAUUGGUGCUUGUAGUGAAGAUAUUUGUACAAUGUCAGAUAAUGUUACAGCACUAGACGUAUAUGAUACAAACAUGGAAGUUCAUGGACUUGCACAAGAUUCUAUCAAACAUUCUCACACCAAAAAUAGUCAUCGAAAGCACCGGAAGCCAAGGAAUCUAAAGAAUUCUUUAACAGCCAUAUCAUUGCCUAAACCAACUAGUUUAGCAGUCGUUGUUCCAACCAUUGGUGCCUCUAGUCAAGAUGUCUAUAGAAUGAAAGAUAACGCUACAGCAGUUGACAUAUAUGAUUCAAACAUAGAAAUUUAUGAACUUGCAGAAGAUUCUAUCAAACAUUCUCACACCAAAAAUAGUCAUCGAAAGCACCAGAAGCCAAGGAAACUAAAGAAUUCUUUAACAACCAAAUCAUUACCUAAACCAACUAGUUUAGCAGCUGUUAUUCCAGCUAUUGGUGCCUCUAGUCAAGAUAUUUAUAGAAUUUCAGAUAAUGCUACAGCAGUAGACAUAUAUGAUUCAAAGAUGGAAAUUCAUGAACUUGCAGAAGAUUCUAACAAACAUCCCCACACCAAAAAUAGUCAUCGAAAGCACCGGAAGCCAAGGAAACUAAAGAAUUCUGUAACAACCAAAUCAUUACCUAAACAAACUAGCUUAGCAGCUGUUAUUCCUGCUAUUGGUGCUUGUAGUGAAGAUAUCUGUACAAUGUCAGAUGCUACAGCACUAGACGUAUAUGAUACAAACAUGGACGUUCAUGGACUUGCACAAGAUUCUAUCAAACAUUCUCACACCAAAAAUAGUCAUCGAAAGUACCGGAAGCCAAGGAAUCUAAAGAAAUCUUUAACAGCCAUAUCUUUACCUAAACCAAUUAGUUUAGCAGUCGUUGUUCCAGCCAUUGGUGCCUCUAGUCAAGAUGUCUAUAGAAUGUCAGAUAAUGCUACAGCAGUUGACAUAUAUGAUUCAAACAUGGAAAUUUAUGAACUUGCAGAAGAUUCUAUCAAACAUUCUCACACCAAAAAUAGUCAUCGAAAGCACCGGAAGCCAAAGAAACUAAAGAAUUCUUUAACAACCAAAUCUUUACCUAAACCAACUGGCUUAGCAGCUGUUGUUCCAGCCAUUGGUGCUUCUAGUCAAGAUAUUUAUAGAAUGUCAGAUAAUGCUACAGUUGUAGACAAAUAUGAUUCGUAGAUUGAAGUUUUUGAACUUGCAGAAGGAUGUAUAAUACGUUGUGAACGCAAAAAAGUCACCAAAAAUCUCAGAAAUCAAGAACAUGCAACAAAUCUUCCAAAGCAAAAGCAUUACGUAAACCAAAAAGAAAAGUCCAUGAAUUUUAAAAUAAAUAGUAGAAAAGGAAUUUUUAGAAUUAAAACUAUAGAUCCUUACACAGAGAAGUUCAACGUCAAAAUAAUCUGUAUCAACUGUAACGAAACGUAUUACCAGAAGAUUCAUCAAAUGCAGUAAAUUUAUAUGAUUCAAUAUCAAAACUCUUUACUUAUUUUGCUUAUGAUUUUGUAGACGUUAAUGAUUUCAAAAUCUUUGUGGUGAAUUUGCCUAAUGUGUUAACACCAAUGUUGUGUAGUAUAAACUUGGACGUCAACGUUGCCAUCCUUUCUGAAA